AGGUAUGUUCCAACAUGAGUCAGGAAUUGGUUCCGAACUGUUUGAAAUGUGCAUCCAACUAAUUCUUGCGAUAUAUUCAGUGAAGACACAUUUAGAACUUAGCUGGCCAAACAUUUCAAACGGUUGGGAACCAAUCCCUGACUCUUGUUGGAACAGACCUAACGUCAACUUGUGAACCUGACGUCAAAUCGUCAAAUGAAAUGUCAUGUCAGUUGUCACUUGCAAGUUUUACUAGUUUUAUUUUUGUUUGGAAAAGUUGCGGGGAAUGGAAAUAUGUACAUGAAUAUAUGUAGUGUAAUUUGAAAGUAUUAAAAUGAGCACUUACGAAAUUAGUAAAUCAUCAUUACUGAGUUUGAAAGCAGAAAUUAUUCGAAAACAACAAGAACUUAUCAAGACGAAGGCUGAUAAUGAAGUGAAAAUUAAAACCAUUAAAAAAAAUGCUCCAUUGGAAAUUAAAAAUAAGGGCAUCGAAGCCCGACAAAAGAAUGAUAUUACGGAAGAAGAAGAGGAUUUGUUAAAGCAAUCAAAGUCAAUUCUAGAAGCCAAAUCAAAGCUAUAUGAUAAACUGUCAUCAGGAAAAUUGACAGAAGAAGAAAAAGAACACAACAAACGGUUUUUGGUUCGAUUUGAUAAGAAAAAUAAUUAUGUGAGCCAAAAUACUGCACCUAUUGACUUUGAAGAUUCAGAGCCAGAAAGAUAUCCAGAAAGUGAUGAUGAAGAUCGUUACCAUUCAGACGAAGAUGAAGUUAGCAAACACCCUGGAGAAAAAUGGGUGGAUUAUACCGAUUGCUUGGGAAGAACAAGAAAGUGUCUUCAAAAAGAUCUAGUGCAUUUAAAAUCUAAAGAUGAAGAAUUAAAAAAGACUAUUGAAGCAAAAAAUAAGAAACAGACCUCAAGUGAAGAAAAGUUUGAAGAAGAUAUUAAAACAAAAGAUGAGGACAUAGACAAAAAGCUACAUGAAGAUACGAGUGAUAAACCACAAGAAUCUGAGCUAUUAUCGAACGAUAUGAGAAGGGAAUUAUUAAGGCAACAAUGGGAAAAGGAAGAAGAGGAUCUGAGGAAUAAAUCAAAUAUCCAUUAUCAGGACAUUUUGUUCGGCGAGGCCAGAACACAUGGCGUUGGUUAUUACGGUUUCUCCAAAGACGAAGAGGAGCGAGCAAAGCAGCAACAAGACUUAAAGAAAUUGAGGGAUGAGACAGAAGCGAAGCAAAAGAGGGCUCAAGAGCUUAAAGCUGUUCGAGAAAAACAACUGGCAGCUAGAAUAAAAGCUGCAAAAGAUAGAAGAAGAACUAGAUUAGGACUGCCUCCCGAAGAAGACCCAGCACCGAAUGUUCCACAACCAGAGGAACCGGAUGAGGACAAGAAAAAACAGGAGGAAUUGAAAAGGCAAGAAGAAGAAAAAGAAAGAUUAUUAGAGGAAGCACGACAGAAACACAUCCGACCUUGGGAUAUAGGCAAGGAAGGGGUAAAGAAACAUUAUGAGAUGACACAAGAGGAAUGGGUGGACAAGAAAAGAGACGAGAGACCAAAAGAAUUCGCUCCACCGCAAGCUUAUAACAAAAGGGAUUUUAGAAGUAGCGUCAAAGCAUCUAAUUCUGAGGACACGGACAAAUCUCUAAAGUUUACUACCAAGAAAUCAAGGAAUAGAAAUAAAAAUAAAAGAAAGAUGCAUACAACCGAUACCUCUCAUGAAAAGGGGAUCGCUUCCAUUGUUGAAGAAGACGUCCAUCAAAGUGUUGCUACUGAACCAACACCCAUAGAAGAUUUGUGUACAGAUAUAGACUUUGACGAUCGACUUCUAGCGGAAUAUAGUAAAGCAAUGCAUGAUAUCGGAGUGGCAGAUACAAAUGGUACGAGUGAAAGAAAGGGAGCAGAGAUUGCUCCACCACCUACAUAUGAAUAUUACGGACCGAGCGGCACUAAGAGGCCUAAAUCAGCAAAACCUGAGACAAAUAUUCAAAAUUCCAUUGAAGCUGGUCUAAAAUUCUUGAGGAAACAAGUUGAGGAGAAACAGAAAACUUCAAGGCAUCGAAUUGAUUACACGUUGCCAUAUUAGUGCAUAACUAUCUCCCUUUGCAUCGUAUAUAGUUGUUGAUUCAUAAAAUUAAAUGAAAUUUUAAUAUGAUA